AUGAGGGGCAGGUCGGCGUUGGUUUCCCGAGAUGACGCUCCUGUUCUGACGCCGCCUGGGGCUGCUUCUGGCCCGUCUGCUGCUCCUUCCUCUGCCCCUGGAGCCCGUGCACCCGCGCCCCGGGCUGGGAGGCUCUCGGGCUUCAAGCUUAGCAAGAGGAGGGUGGACUACACCGCGGUGGACCAGCCGACUCCUGCGGUGAAGAAGAGGAAGGAGGAGGCGGUGGCGCUGCUCGGGACCAGCCUGCCUGCUCCGGCUGCGUCUCCCUCCAUGGAGAAGGGCGGCGUUGGUGCUCAUGUCUCUCCAGCUCGGUCAUCCUCGCGAGACCUGGGGGAUAAUCCUCGGGAGGAGUUAGGCCCUGUGGCCCCGCUGGCUCCGGAGGCACCGGUGUCUGGCUCGGCUGCUGAGGUCUCCAAGGCUCAGGAGCCCCCAGUCUCCCAGGCUAUGUCGACGAUACCUUCUCCUCCUCCUCCCGCUGCACCGCUGAUUCCAGGUCCUUCCACCUCCCCUGAUGUCUUGGAGUGCGCUCUUUCUCAGAUGACCCGGCUGCGAGAAGAUCUUCAGGGCGCCGACCCCCGCCUGGUGGCUGGGCGCCUGGAGCUAGUCUCUGGCUGGCUCCAUUCUGACGUUUCCGUUCGGGCGGCAUUGAGCCAGGCCACGGCAACCUCCGAGAAGGAGAAGCAGGUCGCCGCCCAAGCAGCGGCUGCUCAAGAAGCCCGUAGCCGCAAGGCAGAGGAGGAGAAUAUUAAGGCUCGAGAAGAUGCCAUCAAGGGUCGCGACGCCGAGCUGGAGCAGUCGGCGAAGGCGCAGGCCACUGAGCACGGUCGGCUGGAGGAGCUAGCGCAGAAGGUGAAGGCGGAGGAAGCCGAACUUGACGCCAAGGCGAGGGUUCUGGCCGAGGAGCGCGCGGCCUUCACGCUCCUCGAGGAGAGGUCUUGCGUGGCACUGAAGACACUCUCCGUGAAGGGUAAGGUGGAGGCCCUGCUGAAGAAGUUCCGCGCCUUCGCUCCCGCGCCUUCGACCGACGGUGCUACUAGCCCUGCAGCCCCGGCCGAUGGUAUAGGCGAAGGCGACGCCACCAAGGAAGGAGCGCCUCUUGCGGGUGCCGGCGGUGUCCAGGGAUGA